AUGGCUGAUUCUCUCAAGAUCGAAAGCCGCCCCAUCCCAGCCUUCUACUGUUGUUAUCUACUCCGCUCCAAGAACCGAAAAGCCUUCUACAUCGGCAGCACACCCAAUCCGGCCCGCCGCCUGGGUCAGCACAAUGGCUCGAGCAAGGGCGGCGCGAAGCGUACGUCGAUGCAAGGGAAGCGGCCGUGGGAGAUGACGUGCAUUGUUACUGGGUUUCCUUCCAGAUUCGCUGCGCUGCAGUUUGAAUGGGCGUGGCAAAACACGCACGCGACACGACACAUUGAGCGAGAUGUGCGUGACGCGAGGCUAGAGGAGUUGCAAAAGGGAAGAAAGAAUCCUUCGCCCGUCAAGAGGCCGAGACCACCAAUGUCCCUAGAAGCGCGAUUGAAGAAUUUACAUCAUCUGUUGGGUGUUGGGAGCUUCAGCCGAUGGCCGUUGCAUAUCCGAUUCUUUGCCCAGGAUGUGUUUACGCAAUGGGAGAAGCAUAUUUCCAAGAUGAAGACGACCCUGCGGAAGGACAUCACUAUCUGGGUGACGCCGGCCGAGCUUCCGAAGCUUGCGCCGGAUGUGCAAAGCGAGAUGCGAACUCACUUCAUACCGGAAAUAAUACGAGCAAUUCCUGUUGCGUACGAGGAUUGCAAGACACAUGUCGAAAAGUCAAAAAUGACGCUCGGAGACGAUCAAAAGCGAGUGUGUGGUGUUUGCAAGGAAGAUGUAAGCCCUGACACAUCACUCGUGUUGGUCUGCCCAGUGGAAACAUGUCACGCUGUGUCACACAUGGCCUGUAUGUCGCAGAAAUUCCUGGCAGAAGAGAGCAACAUUGAUGCGUUUAUCCCAAUCCAAGGGACAUGUCCGAGCUGUCGCAGCUCUCUGAGAUGGUCUGACUUGAUGAAGGAGCUCAGUCUGCGCAUGUAUGGUGAAGAAGAGCUGAAGGUCAUGUUCAAGACAAAAAGAAAGAAAAGAAAGUCGGACGGAACCAUCGAGGACGAUGCGGAAGAGUUUCCGGAUAUAGAUGACCUUGAUGUCAAUCUUGACGAGGACCUUGAUGAAACGUGGGUCGAGAAUGUCAAUGACGAUGAGGAUAAGCCGCAAGGCGUCAACACCAGUUGA